GACUUACAUGGAAACAGUGGAGGGUAAAAUACAAAAAGAGAAAAACGGAGAAAUCAACUCACAUUUUGAAUGAUAGAUGUAAGAGAUGUAGAUGCUGUUAAUUUGUUGAAUCCUUUUCUUGAAGUCAUUCGUUCAGGAAACACAACAGGUCCUAUUGCUGGUACUGCUUUAGGAAGUGUAGAGAAACUUUUGAAUUAUGGCAUUAUUGGUAUUCAUAAUCCAAGAAUUUCCUCUGCUAUGAAUGCAUUGUCUUCAGCUGCUACUCACUGUAAAUUUGAAGCUUCUGAUGCUGCUUCUGAUGAACUUGUAUUACUCCGAAUGCUUCAAGUGCUUCAAAUGGCCAUCACAAGUGAAUGUGGACAAGUAUUGAGUGAUGAAGCAGUGUGUGAAAUGAUGGAAACAGGACUCAGUAUGUGUUGUCAGAUGAGAUUAAGUGAAAUGCUAAGAAAAUCGGCUGAACAUGUCAUGAUAAAUAUGGUGGUUGCUAUUUUUGAGAGGUUGAAGAGUUUAGAAGAUGAAUGGCAAUUUAUUGAAUCCCCAAAUGAUAGCACAGAAGAACCUGCUGAUCCUCAUAUGAGUACACCAAAGCCUUCACACUCACCUCUGUUAGAAUCAAAUACGGACAAUACAUCUGAUAAAGAAGAACAAGCAUCUACUGUAGUCGAGCCUGAACAACCUCUAGUAGAAUCUCCAGAACAAGAACAGCUACCAGAAAAAGAAGAAGAAAAAGAACAAGAACAGGAAGAAAUAACUCAAGCUACUGCUGCAGUGACAGAACCCACACCAUUAAGAACCUAUGGCUUACCAGCCAUUCGUGAAUUACUACGUGUCCUUAUUUCUUUGCUCAAUCCUCAUGAACACAAGCAUACAGAUUCCAUGCGUUUAAUGGCACUUGGUAUCUUGAAUGUCGCUUUUGAAGUAGGAGGCAAAAGCAUUGGUCGCUUUGAAUCCCUGCGUGCUCUUGUGACAGAUGAUUUCUGUAAAUAUGUAUUUCAAUUAGCCAAGACAGAUUCUUUGCCUUUACUUGCUCUCUCGCUGCGUGUAAUCUCAACUGUGUUUGAUACCAUGCGACCUUACUUGAAACUUCAACAAGAACUAUUCAUCUUUUUUUUGAUUGAACGAUUAUCACCUCCAUCUGGUGCAGGCAGUCGUAGUAUGUCAGUGGAGGUGGAUGAUGAGGGAAAUAUCAGUUUUGUGCCUUUAAGAGGCGAUAUGGAUGUAGCAGCAACUGUCGAUGCAAGAAGUGGUUCACCUAAUAUGUUUUUAGGAAAGUCAACAGAUUAUCCACGAAACAGCAAGAACUAUUCUUCUUCAGAGCAAAUGGCAAUCACAGUCGAAGUACGUGAAUUGCUGUUAGAAAGCCUGGUUCAGUUUGCUCGUAGACCUACAUUUAUGAUUGAUUUAUGGUACAAUUAUGAUUGUAAUUUGACAUGCGGCGAUCUCUUUGAAGAAUUGGUUCAGUUCUUGAGCAAGAAUUCUUUUCCUGAUCCUCAGAGCUUUUCGCUUAUGAACUCUCAUGUCCUUUGCUUGGACACCUUGCUAACUUUUAUCGGUCAAAUGGUUGAGCGCGUAGAUGAUCAGACAUCAGACGAUGACUAUGUUGAGCUCACAUCAGUACAAGAUUUGCUUGAAUGCAAGACACGAAAAAGAUUGAUUUUGAAAGGAUCAAGAUUGUUCAAUGAAUCGCCCAAGAAGGGUAUUCAGUUCCUUAUUGAAAAUAAUGUGAUUAAAGCAGAUGAAAAUGGCAAUUACAAUGCUAGCCUAUCUCAAUUCUUAAGAUCAACGCAGCAAUUAGACAAGAAGAUGUUGGGUGAAUAUCUUGGUAGACCAGAGAACUUUGAUACUCUAAAAGCAUACAUGCAGCAAUUUGAUUUUACUGGAAAACGCAUGGACGAAGCAUUGCGUAUGAUCUUGGAAACCUUCCGUUUACCUGGUGAAUCUCAACAGAUCAUGCGUGUCACAGAAUCGUUUGCAGCCACCUUUUUUGAAUAUGGACCCAAAGAGAUCAGCACAGUGGAAGCAGCAGAAGUCUUGGCUUAUUCUGUCAUCAUGUUGAACACAGAUCAACACAACCCACAAGUCAGACGCCAAUCUCGCAUGUCUUUGGAACAAUAUGUUCGUAAUGUGAGUGGUGUCAACAACAAUGGCGAUUUCCCUAAAGAAUACCUUCGCUUGAUUUACGAAGCUAUUCAACAAGACGAGAUCCUAAUGCCUGAAGAGCAUGAAGGUUUAUUGGGAUUCAAUUAUGCUUGGAAACAAUUACAACAUCGAUCAACUUUGUCUGGACAAUUUGUUCAGUGCAACACAUCGGGUUAUGACAAAGCCAUUUUUGAGUUGUCAUGGAAACCUGUUGUUGCUGCUAUUUCCUAUGUGUUCAGUACAGCUCAAGAUGACGAUACAUUACAAAAGGCUAUUACAGGCUUCCGCCAUUGUGCUUCCUUGGCUGCUCGUUUUGAAUUAUACGAUGUAUUUGAUAGUAUUGUGGUGAAUUUGGCUACCAUGACUGGUUUAUUAGACAACUCCAAUACCAAUACGUCUGUGCCUGAUCCUAUUGUCGAUGUAGCAGGACAAAAAUACGUUGUCAGCAAGCUGGCUGUUCGUUUUGGUCGUAAUUAUAAGGGACAGUUAGCAGCUGUUGUGAUGUUUGCCAUUGUCACACGCCAUGGUGAUUCUUCACGCAAGGGAUGGCUUAAAGUUUUGCAGAUCAUCCGAAAUUUAUUUCUUAAUUCGUUACUACCCAGUUCUAUGCUACAGGUGGAAGAUUUCUUGUCAGGCACAACCAGUAUCCCCCUCAAGCCAAAGAGUCCUAAACCUGCUAAACAAACAAACCGUCGUGAUGGCUCACUUUUGUCCACACUAUCUUCUUAUCUUUUAUCUCCUUAUUCAAGCGAUGAGACCUAUUAUCGUGAUCCUACUGAAGAAGAAGUAGAGAGCACCAUGUGUGCUGUGGAUUGUGUUGCAGCUUGUAAAUUAGAGGAAUUGUUCUCUGAUAUCAACACAUUUCAUACAGAAACGCUUGUUUGUCUUCUCAAAGCGAUCCGUUCUGUUGGCUAUGAUACCGGGGUGAUGAAGAAGGCUACUAUUACCAUUCCUUAUGAUCCUGCCACAGUCUUGUUCUUAGAAUUUAUGAUCACAAUCACUGUGCGAAAUGCAGAUAGAAUAGAAGAACUAUGGCCAUAUGCUACUGAAUACAUCUUUGGUAUUUUAGAUUUUGCUGACAAGCAAAGUGUAUUGGUAGUAGAGAGAACGGUUGUUGGCAUGUUACGGUUGUGUAUCUGUAGUGCGUCUAGAAAUGUCAUGUUGAAUGAGAUUCUAAAGUGUUUGCGAUUGUUACGUGAUUUCCCUUCCACUGUCACUCAAGCAGUAGCAGAACAAAUGAUGGCGGGUAUUUUCAACUUGUCAUCUGCUAAUUCUGAAAAUAGAAACGAUACCGAAUUUUUGAACACAAUCUUGGAAAUCAAACAAAAAGUAGCCAAUUCUUUGUAAGCUGAAUAAAUAAUAUCCUUUAUAUACAUAUGGAACCAUGAUUUCAAAUGGAUCUACAAAGAAAGUAAUUGUGUAUAAUUUGUCCCACCAAUCAUACUGCCGCACGGUUGAACAAAGUGCGCCCUAAAAUUACC